CUUGCCUGCUUGCCUUCCCUGCGUGCACUCGCAAGAUUCACCACAGUACAGUAGAGCACAGUAGAGCACAGUAGAGUACAGUAGAGUAUUAGCAAGUCGUCGCGUCUCGUUCCUGCCCUCACGGCGCUCAAGCAGCGCGCAGCAAGAUCUCUUUAUUUCCGCGCUCGCUCUUCGCCCAGCUGUUGUCGCACGGGGCUGCGGCAGUCGUGGUGCGGCAGCCGGCAUCCGACCUCGCGAUCGACUGCAGGACCGGUGGAUCCAUCCUCCAGUUUACCCCGUCGCGUCGAUCAGCGCCGUCGCACUCGCUGUCGUUUCCGCGCCACAAGCUGUGGUGGCUGCAGGGAUGGGUGGCGCGCUGUGACCGCGCUGCGGUGCAAUGCACAUAUCAAAGAGGCGUCCCAGUGCAGUGCAGUGAACUAUUCGGAUUGCCAGGGCGGCCGGUGAGCCGUGCCGUUGUGAAGAGGCUGACGUGCAGCUGCCCAUCCUACCCCUAGACCGGUGGUGUUCAGGUGCUUGGGCAGCCGCUCACAGAGCCCCCCGCGGUUGGAGAGGCCCGAAAGAAGAGGAAGGGUGUCCGUCAGCGGCGGCAGCUCAGUGGGUGGAAGCAUCGCCAGCGUGGCGUCGUCACUCAUCCGGCUACUGAUGGAUCCCGGUGGGCGGCCGGCAGAGGUGGAUGUGGAGGCGGAGAAGGCGGCGCUGCAUGCGGCGGUGCCGCCCACGCUGUCCCCGGAGGAGGACGUGGAGCAGCCGCGGCGCAUGCAGCUCUUCAUGGCCGACCUCAUGGCGCACCUCUUCUGCUGCGGCAGCCUCUCCCGCCCCCACUCCGAUAUCCCCAGCCCCCCUCCCGAGCCCACGGACCCCUCGCCCCCCCGCACAACCUAUGUGCCCAUAGACCGCUCCAUGCCGCCCAUAGUGUCGGGGGAGGUGCUCAACAUGCCCGCCUCACGUCUCUUCCCUGGCAGCCGACCCUCUCAAGAGGACUAAUACUUUGUGGGCAGAAGAUUACUUGCAGAAGUUUAAUCCAGAUUAUUGCUACUCAUUAAUGGCUCCUAUUCUCAGAAUAACGCAAUGACUAGAAUGAGGCAUACAAACAGGUUUUGUGCUAUGGUGCUGUACUCUCUCUGAGCAUGCACAUAUCUAGCCUAAAACAAUAUAUGUGCCCUGUUAGG